AGUCCAAUUUAAUAUAUCCUUCCUGACAAUAAAUUAAUUACAUUUAAGUAUUUAAAACUUAAAGUAUAAUUAUAUAUAAUUUUGGUAAGGUAUUGUAUUGAUUUUACGUGAUGUUUUCCCUAUAACAAAAUGGCGUUUCCUAUAGUUUCUGUUAAAUGUGUACAUCGAUGUAUUUAGGUUUAAAAAUAUGAAUUAAAAUCUAACGCCGUAUUUUAUAGUGACCUGAUCAUUAUUCUGUCUAAUUUUUUCUUGCAGUAAUUGUGGUGUUUAAAUCAUUUUCAUUAGAUUUGGUGCGAGGUAUGUUUUUGGGUAUAUAACCUCCGGGAAAGUGUGAGCAUUUUUCUUAUUUUAAAGUUUGUGUUAAUACAUUAUCACCUAUAUUUUUUUUGCAUCUUUACUUUUUUGAUGCAGUGGAACUUGAUGUGCUUCCAUUCAGAACUUCAGUACAAUGGAAAACCAUGCAAACCAUCAGCAAACUAAACGAUCAAUUGAUGAGAUUAUCGAGCACAUGACUGCUGAUAUUCAGAAUAAUGACGGGCAAUACGUUCCGCUUGGAUUUACCCCUCCAGCAACUCCAGCUGGCGUAGCAGGGCAUUGGUCGGAAUACACGACUUCGGCUGCUGUUAGCCAUUCAUACAGGCCUCUCUCUCUUCCUGCACUGGGCAACACGGGAGAGAAUCAAGUGUUUAUCCAGGAUUUCCCCAUCCAUUACGACUUCAGCUCUUCUCCACAUGUAACCAAACAAGGCGAAGGUACACACCACAACUACUUCUAUCCCACACCGCAGCAACCAAUUAAUAUGCCAGAAAAUAGAGAAAUGAUCGGCACUGUUGUUGAUGGUGAAGGAAAUAUAGUGAAUGUAGUGUAUGGCAACAGAACUCAUGCUGCGAACAGUGGUGGAAUGAUGUCACAGUCAUACGCGGCACAGGAUGUGCAAGAGAAUGUGCAGCACCACGUGGGCAGUUUCAUGUCGUAUCAUCAACCAGGCAUGUUUGAAUCAAAUGCAAUGGGAAAUGUCAGGGAUUAUGGUUUAUUUGGCAAUAGCGAUGCUCAGCAGCAACCACCACCUCGGCAGCUGGCUCCUCAAAUGCAUCAUCAAGAUCCAGUAUCUACGAACAGCCAUAGCCGUGCUCAGCUGAUUGAGAACUUGGUCGGCAAUUGGGUGCCGAAUCAGAGUGGUACUUACAGCCCUUUUGGGUGUAUGGAUAACAUGAUGCGACAGGCUCCUUCCACCAACCAACAAGGCAUCCAGACCGUGCCCAUCUCUCCGGAAGCUAUGAAUGACCACAAAGGAGUAGGUCGUGGGAUUGUGAGAAAAGCUAGAAUAGUUGCAGAAGUUCGUCCGAUGCGUAUGUCGUACUCGGAUGUUCUUACCAAAUCUGUACCGCAGCCUCCUGUCUCUGGAAUUGCGGCAAAGUCUAAUACGAGUGCCCAGAACUCCGGGAGCAAAUCUGAUGGUGGUGGUAAAGUAAAAUCUAGUUCGGGCUCAAAGCCUACCGGUGGGAAAAAAAAGAAUACAGUUCUCAAGCGUCAGCACUCCUCUGGUAGUGAUGAACAAAAUGGAAGCACUGGCCAGUCCAAAGUCAUCCAAAGCCCUGGUACAACCAGAAAGUCUGGGAACGGUGGUGUGAAGAAUUCUUUCAGUUCUUCUAUGCCUAGAAAGUGGGUGUCGCUUGAUGAUUUAGACAGCGACAAACAGAACGUGAAGCUGGAGGAAGGGGAUUUCCAUGCAAGAGAAAAUAUACAGAAAGAAACAAACAGUUCUUCCAAGACUGCUGGUUCAGAUGGAAUCAGCAAGAAAACAGGAGGGACGUCUACUUCAAAGAGCAAGCAAGAUGACAAAUGGUACAGCGUGGGGCCAAGCACCCUGAACAACCACAAGCCGACUGCAUACAGCGGCGGUGGGAAGGGGCCCGGGCUGGGGGGCAGCACUGCCAAGCGCCCGCCGAUCCACAUCAACAACCUAGGGACAGCGCCUUGGGCCACCAGCGGCGCCACCAGCCAAGGAGGGGCCAGCGUCUACAGUGAGAAGAAUGUCGCCAAAGGAGCAGGCGGCAGCUCCAAGAACUGCAAAUCCUCACCAGAUGAGAAAAAAGGGAACUCCGCAAGCCAGUCAGCUGCGGGCUCGAAGGCAGACGCGAAGGCAGGGGCAGCGGGAGGGGGCCAGGGCCGGAGCGGUCCCGCCAAGAACGGCUCCGGAGCGCCCAGCCAGGGCCCGGCAUUGUCGGAGAAACCAAGUCAGGGCAAACGGGGCCAGAGGAGCAAGAAGAAGGAAUAUCAGUCGCCGAUCGCACUGAUGUGUCAGCCUUUCAGGCAGCACGUUGCUCGCUGGGGGCGCGUUGCCCUCCGGGUGAUGCUCUGGUUUCUGCACCUGCUCUCUGACGUCCUGGGGAUGAGCGUCCGCCUCUCGGUGCACCUCGGUGGUUUUAUCUAUAAUUGGUUGUAUAUGUGGUUCCUCCAUCGUUGGAGGAAACUGGGCAACGUUUUGGUGAAGAUCAGACUGUUCAAGUGGCUCGGCUUCCACUCGGGGGCAGACACUGACACAAUUCGCUGGUGGCAGUUCUGGCGGCGGCGGUCUGCAAAAAGUAAAGGAAAAGUUCCACCCACAGAAGAGGAGGAUACUUCUGGUAGAUUUAAAGAUGGCUUCCCUCCAGGUCUUGAGAACAACAUUUCGCUACCAUCUACUGGAGAAGAGGCAAUGAAGAGACUUCUGGCUUGCAAAGGGAAAGAUCCAUAUAGUAUUCUGGGAGUGACGCCCUUCUGUACCGAUGACGACAUCAAGAAGUACUACAAGCGCCAAGCAUUUCUGGUUCAUCCCGACAAGAACAACCAACCAGGAGCUGAAGAAGCAUUCAAGAUUUUGGUGCAUGCAUUUGAGCUGAUUGGUGAACCAGAGAGAAGGAAAGCGUACGACAGACGAGUUGCCGAAACGCAGCAGGUUGAGCAGGCCUGGAGUGAGUUGAGUGAUCUGCUGUCUCAGCUUCAUCAGAAGAUGGAGUAUGCUGCUAACACCAUACGGUGCACGAACUGUGGCAAGCGCCAUCGCCGUGUCAGUGUGGACCGCCCGUGCUACGCUGCUCGAGAAUGUGCGCAGUGCAAGAUAAGGCAUGCUGCAAGAGAGGGCGACAUCUGGGCGGAGAGCUCGAUGCUGGGCUUCCUGUGGCACUACUACGCCUGCAUGGACGGGGCCGUGUACGACAUCACGGAGUGGGCGGCCUGCCAGGCAGACAACCUGCGCCACCUGCGGGCCAACACGCACAACGUGCAGUACCGCAUCGUGCUGGGCAAGCAGCAGGCCCAGGCGCCGUCGCACCACUCGGGCCGCCACCGCCACCGCGCCGCCCACGACACCAGCAGCGAACCGGACCUGGAGGACUUCCUGAACAACCUGUACAGCCAGCCCGGGGGCGCCGCCAGCGAGAGCACCGCCAGCCACGCCUUCCAGAGCCGCUGCCGCAAAAAGGGCAAGCGGAAGAAGUGAUGGAACUAGCGUGUGUUUGGCACCGUACAUGUAACAAGUACUUUACUGCUGCAAGGCUCCACAAUUAUCCUACAGUUUUUAGCUUUGCAAAUGAUGAAACUAGUGUCAGUUGCAUUCAGGUGAACCCAUAUUUCACAGCAUGGAAAAAAACGUAGCUCUGUACCAUUCAAAAUUAAUUGCAUCCAUUUUAAUUGAGCAGUAAAGUGCCUAAAAGUUUGGUUUUCAUGUCAGCUGUUGUGACUAGCUUAUAAGAUCUCGUGCGUAAACUUUUUUUUUGUUACUGAUAUUAUUUCAAGUGAUGAUGCAGGAAUGCUGAUUUUGUGUGCAUUUUUUUUUAUAACAUGAUUAAGUGGUUUUAAAAAUGAUUUUCUGCUUUUUCCAUAGUUAAAUGUAGUGUCAAUGAAUUUUCUAUUAAUCAUUUGUAACAUUUCAUGUUUUAAGGAUGUGUACGAAUACUUAAAUAUAGUGAUGAAGCAUAA